GUAAUUAGAUCGCAAAUAUCAAGAGGUUCCGUUCCGGUGAUAUCCGUCAAGAAAAAGAAAUAAAUGGGCCAAAUUCAGCAGGCCCGAACCUUGAAAUCCAAUUGAGCGCACGUGUGUCUACGAAGAAGAGCGAAACGCAGACGGCGUCCCUGAUGGCAGCGUCGUUCAGGUGGAUAUUACAAUUACACAAGGAUGUUCCAAAAGCCGCACGCUUCUACUCCGAAGGCUUGGACUUCACCAUCAACGUGUGCUCUCUCCGUUGGGCCGAACUUCAAUCUGGUUCUCUCAAGCUUGCCCUCAUGCAUUCUUCCCAUGAUCAAGCCACCGCGCAGAAAGCGUACUCCUCCCUUUUGUCUUUUACGGUGACUGACAUGAACAGUACAGUAACUAAAUUAAUGGCGUUAGGAGCUGAACUUGAUGGGCCCAUCAAAUAUGAGAUCCAUGGAAAGGUUGCAGCUAUGCGGUGUAUUGAUGGACAUGUCUUAGGCCUGUAUGAACCUGUCUAAGAUGCAUAGCAGAUUCAGUAUCAACAAUACCCUCUGUUGUCAUGCAGCAGCAGGAUAUGGCGUGUGAAGAAGCAACAGACCUGAGAAUAAGGUAAAAUGAUUAGAAGAUUGAAAAGAAGGUAUUCAAAUGCCUCCAAAUUAUCUGUCUUUAAGAUGGGGUUAUUUUGGCACCAUCCAUAUCUGCUAUAUUUGACAGGAAAUCACCUCUAGAUUUCUUUUUUCUCUUUAAGGAAGACAGCUUCUCUUUCCUCCCUGUUGAAUUUUGGUUUAAUUAUAAUAUCUUGUCUUCUAC